AUGGCGGAAGUCACUGUUACCUUCAAGAAGAAGAAGAAUGAAGCCCUGGGUCUUGGAAUAAAAAAGAUCGCCGGCAAAGAUGGGAUCUUUAUCUCUGUGAUCCAACCUGGUGGAAAGAUUGCCACUGCUGCACCGGACCUAAAGGUUGGAAUGGAACUACUAAAGUUCAACGGCAAAGCUGUCCCUAGCACCGUUCCAGAAACGCUUGCCAAAUUGAAGAGUAUCAAAGGAAAGCUAAAGGUCCUUGCCAAAGAGACACCACCAGAAUCCCCAUCUAGAUCUCGUUCCUAUUCGCGCAGUUAUUCCCGGUCUCGGGGCAGCCGAAGUUACUCUCGAAGCUACUCGAGAUCAGGAAGCCGAAGUUACUCGAGGUCGGGAUCUCGAAGUUACUCGAGGUCUCCAAGCAGAUCGUAUUCAAAAUCUCGAAGCCGAUCCUACUCGAGGUCAAGAAGUCGCAGCCCAGGUUCCAGAGGAAGUCGCAGCUAUUCUCGAUCAGGAAGCAGAAGCUAUAGUCGUAGCCGAAGCUACAGUCGAAGUCGCAGUAGAAGCUACAGCCGUAGCCCAAGCCGUAGCUACAGUCGAAGCCCAAGCCGCAGUGCUAGCUAUGGUAAAGGCUCCUACUCGGACGAAAAGAGUUUUGCAUCCGAUUCCCACGAUGGAAGUGCUGCCCCGAAAAAUUCACCACCAAAACCUGCAACGCCACCUCCACCACCAAAACCUGCUCCAGCAAAAGCUGCAGUAAAGGCUGCCCCAAAGCCAGCCAAAACUCAAGCGAAGGAAAAAGAGGCACCUAUGGUGACUGACACAGAGGAAGAUGAUCCCGGUGUGGAUGAAUGCAGAAGGAUUAUUCAUCAGAUCUGGAAUCAAGCAAACAAGGAAGAAGAGGAGGCUUACACCGCAAAGCGUGCUGCCGCCAAGGCUCAAUCUCAAGCUUCUGUGGCAAAACCACCACCGCCGCCACCAACAAGACCAGGCGCCAAAGCUAGCGUUGGAGAUGCUCAAGUAGACAAGCCGACUUGGAAUAGAUCUCCUCUACCGAAUAAAGAUGGUUCCCCUGCCAGCGGGUCAAAAUCGCCAAAGUCUGGGUCGAUGUCGCGAUCUGGUAGCAGAUCAUACAAUUCUCGUUCUCGCAGCAGAUCGUAUGACUCCCGUUCUCGCAGCGGAUCAUAUUCUCGUAGCAGAUCAUAUUCCCGUUCUCGCAGUGGAUCAUAUUCCGGCUCUCGCAGCAGAUCAUAUUCUGGUUCUCGCAGCAGAUCAUAUUCCCGUUCUCGGAGCAGAUCACAUGAUUCCCGUUCGCCCAGCCGUUCUAUGUCAAGAAGUGAAGGCAAAGCCGAAGAUGCGCCUCCAACAGCAGCAGCAGCAACACCUGCACCAGAGCCGGUACAGGAAAUGUCAUUGAACGAGCGUCGACUUGCCAUCACUGCCAUUUUGAAGGACAGCUCGUUGAGUGGAGCAGAGAAACAGCAGCGAGUCGCUGCCUUGCGUCCAAAACCAGUAGUUAGAACGACAACUCCAAUGCAACAGGAAGGAGAAGAGUCCGAGGCAACAAAGAGACGAAAGGCUAUCCAAGCCGUGCAUGCCGACAAGAGCUUGACACCAAAAGAGAAACACACAAAGAUUCAAGAGUUGCUGAAUCAAAAGUAA